AUGUUCAAAACAUCUUUCAGUCGACUCUUCCAAUCUUCCAGUAAAAAUUACAUCGCUUCUCCUUCUCGUUUUACACCUACAUUCCACACCACCAACAACACAAUACGAACCAUGUCAUCCUCCGACUCCCCAAGCAGACCAAGCGGUCUCAUCGCCACCUCCGGCAUCGAGCUCCUCACAUUCGGAACCCCCAAUGGCCACAAAAUCAGCAUUCUACUCGAAGAGCUCAAAGCGGCCUAUGGAAAACAAUACACGUAUCAAACGAUCAACAUUAUGGAAAACAUACAAAAGGAAGAAUGGUUCACGAAGAUCUGUCCGAAUGGCAGGAUUCCGGCGAUCGUGGAUCAUGAUCGUAAUGGGUUUGCGGUGUUCGAGGGAGCGGCCAUUUUGGCGUAUUUGACGAGGAAUUAUGAUGUGGAGAGACGGUUUAGUUUUGAAGAGGAGGACGAUAGGAGUCGGGUUGAGCAGUGGGUUGCUUGGCAACACGGCGGUCUAGGCCCCAUGCAAGGCCAAGCAAACCACUUCUACCGACUUGCCAAAGAACGCAUCCCCUACCCAACCCAGCGCUACAUUGGCGAAACCGAACGUCUCUACGGCGUCCUGGACACCCAUCUCGCUAACCGCGAGUACAUCGUCGGUCCCGGAAAGGGAAAAUACAGUAUUGCCGAUAUCGCGAAUUUCAGCUGGGUCAACGUGGCUUAUUUCGCUGGGGUGGAUUUAGCGAAGUUUGGGAAUUUGGAGGAGUGGUGGAAGAGGAUUAGUGAGAGGGAGGCGGUCAAGAAGGGGACCAGUGUGCCGAGUGAGAGUAGGCUGGUUAACGAGGCAUUUAAGAAGAGACUUGGAGAGGAUGAGGAGUUUAGGGAGGGAGAGGAGAAGUUGAGGAAGUUGGGGGAGGAGGCGAAGGAGAAGUAUGGGUAUAAGUAUGCUUCGCCUUGAGUUUGAUAUGAUCUGGGUGGAUAGAUUACUAGGAUGGAUGGAUGUAUGAAAUGCUAGAUUUGGAGAGAGAAAGAGAAUAAAAAUUCUAUUUUAGUAAAUCAAUAUAAUCUAGAAAUGAUUUCAUAUGA